GUUUCCAGCAGGUUUCUCUGUUGUCUUCCUAUGAAGUUGUAAUUCCGCAGAGGUUAGGAAGAGAACGGCGAGAGGCUUCCAAUGUCUCCUCAGUACAGGACAAGGUGUUGUAUGCUGUUGAGAUAGAGGGAAAAGAAUACACGAUUCAUCUAGAAAAGAACAAAGAACUGCUGCCCAAAGAUUUCACAGUUUAUACCUAUAAUAAGGAGGGGAAGUUGCAAUCUGAAUAUCCAGAUAUCCAGGAUCACUGCCAUUAUCAGGGAUACGUGGAGGGGAGCCUGGAUUCUGUGGUUGCUGUCAGCACCUGCUCGGGGCUCAGGGGUUUGGUGACAAUAGGGAACAUCACCUAUGGAAUUGAGCCCAUGGAUUCCUCUUCUGGCUCUAAACACAUUUUAUAUCGAUUGGAUAAUGUGAAGAAAGAGCCCACGAUGUGUGGAGUAACCACCGAAGACCAUGAAAGGGAACAUACAGAGGAAAAUCACCAUCCCAGUAUGACUCAGCUGCUGCGAAGAAAGAGAGCAGUCCUACAUCAAACAAGAUAUGUGGAGCUGUUUAUAGUUGUGGAUAAAGAAAAGUUUGAAGAUUUUGGGAAGAGUGAAACAGAAGUAAGAGAACACAUGGUGCAAUUGGCAAACUUCCUUGACAGUAUGUACAUCAUGUUGAACAUCCGCAUUGUGCUGGUUGGUCUAGAGAUUUGGAAGUAUGAAAACAUAAUUAGCACAGAUGGAGGUGCUGGUGAUGUGCUGGCAAAUUUUGUACAGUGGCGAGAGAAGAAUCUUGUUUUGCGCCGGAGACAUGACAGUGCCCAGUUUGUUCUGAAGAAGGGGUUUGGUGGCACAGCUGGAAUGGCCUAUGUUGGAACAGUGUGCUCCAAGAGCCACGCAGGAGGCAUUAAUGUGUUUGGAAGAAUCAGUAUACAGAUGUUUGCAUCAAUUAUGGCUCAUGAACUGGGACAUAACCUGGGGAUGAACCAUGAUGAUGAACGUGUCUGUCACUGCGGAGCAAGCAGUUGUAUUAUGAGCUCUGGAGCAUCGGGAUCGAGGAACUUCAGCAGCUGCAGUGCAGAAGACUUUGAGAAGCUAACUCUCAACAAAGGUGGAAGCUGCCUGCUCAACGUUCCCAAGCCUGAUGAAACCUAUAGCGUCCCGUACUGUGGGAACAGGCUGGUAGAUGCUGGGGAGGAGUGUGACUGUGGUUCACCAAAGGAAUGUGAAAGUGAUCCUUGCUGUGAACCAGGUACUUGCAGACUUCGAUCUGGUGCUGAAUGUGCUUAUGGUGACUGCUGUAAAAACUGCCGGCUCCUUCCUGGAGGAACCGAGUGUCGGGCGAGUAACAAUGAGUGUGACCUUCCAGAGUACUGCAACGGCACAUCCCAGUUCUGCCAGCCGGACUUCACCGUUCAGAACGGUCACCCGUGCCAUAACGAGGAAGCCUACUGUUACAAUGGCGUUUGCCAGUACUACGAUGCACAGUGUCAGGAUAUCUUUGGCUCAAAAGCCAAAGCAGCCCCCAACAUUUGUUUUGCUGAAGUGAAUUCCAAGGGUGACAGAUUUGGCAACUGUGGUUUCCAUGGCCAUGACUACAAGAAAUGUUCCAGCUGGAAUGCCAUGUGUGGGAAGCUGCAAUGUGAAAAUGUGAAAACUAUGCCUGUUUUUGGAAUUAAGCCUGCUAUUAUCCAAACUCCCAUUAGAGGCACCACGUGCUGGGGUGUAGAUUUCCAGCUAGGCUCUGAUGUCCCGGACCCAGGAAUGGUGAAUGAAGGCACCAAAUGUGAUACUGGAAAGAUCUGCAGGCACUUCCAGUGCGUGAGCGCCUCUGUUCUGAACUACGACUGUGACGUGGAGAGGCAGUGUCACGGACAUGGGGUGUGCAACAACAACAGGAACUGUCACUGUGAAGCAGGCUGGGCCCCUCCUUACUGUAAUACUAAAGGCUACGGAGGAAGUCUGGACAGUGGACCUCCUUAUAAUGACAAAGACACCUCACUGAGAAAUGGACUGCUGGUAUUUUUUUUCCUGGUCCUCCCACUCCUUAUAGUUGCUGCUCUGGCAUUUGCAAAAAGAGACAGGCUGAAGCGAUGCUGUAGAAGAUUAAUGUCACGCUGCCAUUCGUCACUUCAGUCACCACCUCCUAGAACAGAAACUGAACCAAGAGACUACCACCACAGAGGCUUUUCACACGGCAUGCCUUAUGCUCCAAGAGGUGUUCCCAUGGAUAUGGAACCAAAUACCUUUCCUGUUCCAUCUUACCCAGUUAACCAGCAUCCUCAGCAGGCUUACCACCAGUCUUACUACCCGUCUCCACAAUACCAGGCAUCACAGCCACAGAAGCUGCCGACAAGGCCGCCACCUCCGCAACAGAAAUGUGCACCUCAGGGACCUCCUCCAUCACAGCAAAAAUGUUUACCUCAGGGACAGUAUUUUCCUUCUCGACCGGCACCUUUGCCUCCCAAAUAGCUUUUGGCUUCUUUGGGGCCUUUGCGUGAGCUGACCUGUUCACUGAGACAGAGCUGAAAUUGCAGUUAUCCUUCUUGCAUUGAGUGGCCCAUGGUAAUCCCGGAAAGCCUUCCUUCUGCAGCCUGGGAUAAGGCAAAUGAGAUGUUGAAACGAGGAAUGUAAAACUUUUAAACUAAAUACCUCUACCAAAGCUACAGGAACUGAAAACGUCUAACCCGUUCUUAGAUCUGUCUGAGUAUUGUGGCUUUGUAAACUGCAGCAGGGCUGUCCAGCUGGAAGUGGAGCAGCCUGCAGUUAAACAAUCUUUAAAGUACAGCACUUGGGAGUUGCUUUUGGUUUCCCCAUUUCUGCGAUGAGCCCUAAUAAUGAAAUUGUCUGAUUUGUUGUCGUCUUUCUAAAUGUACGGUGAAGAAUUGAAGAAACCCAUACUGUUUUCAAAACGAGGAAAUCUGGCCAAUUAAUUUAAAAUUAUUUUGCAUGGACUGGAAAAUGUCAUCUAUUUACACAUUAAUGGCACAAGUGAAAUAAGGUAUCAGUGUACUUUUUCAGAUGAAGAUAAAUAUAUUGUAAACAUGUUUAUGCAUGUAUAUAUGUUUACUGAUGUGUAAUAA